UUUAAUUAACAAAACCAUUUCUUACAAAAAAAUACCAAAAAUUUUCUCAACAUUCUAUCUUCAAAAACACCAAUGUUGUGACAUUUCCAAAAGUUCCAUUAUAUGGAGGCUAUAAUAUACAGGCUUUAAGAUCGGCCGAUUCUUAAGAAAUUUUGUAAAACAGAUAAUGCGGUCAUUUAAAAUGAAAUAAGUUCCAAGCUGCUAUCUUAAAAAACAACAAAGGUUUGGGGUUCCAAAUCAUUAGGAUAUAUAGGAUAUAGGAUAUAGUAUGCCUAUCUUUAUGAAAUUUGUUAGAUCGGAUUAGUGCCGAAAAGUGAUUAGUGAUCAAAAGUAUAAUCCAAACAAAGUCCCAACCUUCUAACUUAAAAAAAGGAUGUAUGCUUGAAAACUAGUGCGGGUAGAACCAGAUAUACGGACAGACGGACAUGCUUGUCUCGACUCAAGAGUCCCACCCGCAGCAUAUCCUGCACCUGAGUGAAGAGCAGCAAAAGAAAUUCCUCGGUUCCUUCGACCGGGUGGUCAGUGAUAUUGAUGGCGUCAUCUGGAACAUGUACAACACGAUCCCCGGGGCACCGGAGGCAUUUGUGGCCCUUGAAAAGACCGGAAAGGAACUGACUUUCGUCACCAAUAAUAGCGUUCGCACUGUUGAACAAGCCGUUCGUCACUUCGAAAAGAUUGGAAUGUCAGUGCGACCGGAGCAGAUUACGCACCCGUCCCAGAACACUGUAGACUACCUGCGCCAAAUUAACUUCCAGGGUCUCAUCUAUAUCAUCGCCAGUCCGCCUUUUAAGGCGGUAUUACGGGAGGCAGGAUUUCAGCUAAUUGAUGGGCCAAAUGAAAUUAUUGAUGAAAACUUCCAAAGCCUGGCCAAGAAGAUAUUCGACCAGCAGCCAGUAAAUGCCGUCAUCAUUGAUGUGGACUUCAACAUGAGCUCUACGAAGUUGCUGCGGGCCCAGUUGUACCUCCGGAACCCGGAGUGCCUUUUCAUGGAAGGCGCCACCGACCGCUUUCUGCCCAUUGGCAAGGGAGUUAAUAUCAUUGGACCAGGGGCAUUCACCAACAUCCUGUUGGAGGCCAGCGGGAGGAAGCCCAUCACGGUGGGUAAGCCGGGACGCGAACUGGGCAAGCUGCUCGUCGAGAAAUACAAGAUCGACCAGUCGGACCGGGUGCUUAUGGUUGGGGAUAUGAUGGCCCAGGACAUUGUUUUCGGACGGCAGUGCGGCUUUCAAACCCUGCUCGUCCUCUCCGGCGGCUGCACUCUUGAACAGCUCCGUUCAGAGACGGAUCCCAGCCACAUUCCGGACUACUACGCGGACUCCUUGGCGGAUGUGGCUCAGAUCCUCGGCCAGUCGCGAAAGUCACAUUUUUAGAAUGACCGCAAAAGUCGGCAAUACCUUUGCUUUAUAUGAGGAAAUUGGGCUAACUUAUCUGUUAUUAUUAAAAAUAUAUCCCUUAUUUUAUUAUUAUUUUUUUUAUAAAUCGAUAGUAGAAGAGGCCAAAGGAUACGAACAAAUCAUAAGAUAUUGCCGGAAAUCAUCCGCUUACAAGUAGAAUUGGAUCUUAUAGCUUUGUUAUUGAUUUUUGUAUGCUUUAAUUUUCCUUGUGUUUUUAUUAAUUUAAAAUUGUUAAAAACUUUUCAAAUAUUGUUCUUCAAGCCUUUGGUCCAUAGCUGGAAAAAAAUACAAAAUAGACUUUAUAAACUAAUGUCUUCGGCACUGUAUUAUUCUUAUAUGACUCACAAAAUAUAUAGAAUAUGUAUACUAGGUUAAUCUAUAAUAUUUAAUAUAAACUUCUAUAAACACUCACCCAAUAAAUAAACAGACAAACCUAGUAAAAGCACAACAAAAUAGUUUAUCAGGGGAUUA